UUUUCGCGAAUUCCUUCGAUUUCGUUAGAAUUUCGGGCUUCUCAGUGAUUAAUCGAAUUUAAACAGUGUAUUUUAAUUACUCCACAUAAUUCCAAGAAUAAUGACAUCGAACAGAAACAAACAUCAAGUCAUUCAACGCAGUAGAACCUUCACUUCACCACUUCACCAGAGCUCAUCAAGUCUCAACCACAACCACUUGUUGUAUAUAAGUAAGUACCUAUGGAAUGGAUAUUCUGCUCAUCUGCGUCAUAGUUCUACAACUUCCAAGUUCAAUAUGUGACAGUCGAAUGGUUCGAUAUCCAAAGUAGCAGUGACGAAUACAAUUCAAAGGUAAAACACCGAAUUCUUCUAGCCAAUAGAACGAUGGUCUCAUAUUCGUGUGGAUCUUCUUCCUACGGUUAUCAAUGUCUACUUAAGUGAAAUUCUCAACCUGUUGAAGCUAAUUCACGAAGACAAAUCUGCAGUCAUCUGAGUAAAAAUGUGGGUCAAUUGUGCAUCUUCUUCGCUUCAACAUGCAGUUUUUGAUUUUUCGCGUAAAAUGGAGGAUGUUUUCGUGAAAAUUUGAUAAGCUACACGUGCGGUGGUGAUAUUUUUUGCAAAAUGACUGACUCGUUGCGUAAACGAAUCGUGUUCGUGAUCGCGUUGACGAUAAUACGAGUCGCUUUCAGCUACCCGGAGUACGAAUGGGAUGACCUGGAAGAAGGCGGCGACGAAGCUGGAGCAGUGAUACAUGUGGAAUCUGUUCUGGGACGUGUUGCUAAUCUACCUUGUGAUAUCGAGUCUUCUGUCAAGGAUCAUCGAGUGUAUAUGGUGCUGUGGUUCAGGGAAAGUGCCGGGAAACCUAUUUAUAGUUUUGACGUCAGAGGUAGACCAUUUGAUAAAGCUAUUCGAUGGUCGGAUCAGAACACAUUUGGACCCAGGGCGAAUUUCGUAACCGUCAAAUACCCUGCUAGUUUACAACUAGAAAAUGUUCAAUUAGACGACGAAGGAGUAUACCGUUGCCGAGUAGAUUUUCGAAACGCUCCAACUCGAAAUUUUCAAAUCAAUUUGACAGUUAUCGUGCCACCUCAUCAAGUGAUAAUUUACGAUAGUUCGGGACGCGAGCUUACCACUGUUGUGGGACCAUUGACCGAAGGAGCGGAUGCUUUUUUAACGUGCGAAGUUCGUGGUGGUAAACCGAUACCGAUGGUUAGCUGGUACAUGGAGAACACGGUGAUCGAAAGUCAUACAACGUCUUCGGAAGGAAAAGUGGUCACUAGCAAGAUAGAUAUUCCAAAUGUAUCCAGAUCGUUUCUAAAUCGAACGUACACGUGUCAGGCGACAAAUACGAAUCUGAUUAAACCGAAUCGUAAAACAGUUCGAAUCGAAUUGCAUCUGCGGCCUCUAUCGGUGAAGAUACUAGAAAAACCUCUGUACCUGGUGACCAACGACGAGUACACGUUGACCUGCGAGGUGACAGGAUCUCGACCUCAUGCCAGAUUAACAUGGUGGAAAGCGGAAAGUCGAUUUAAUCGGACUAAAAUCGUGGAAAGGAAAAACGAAACUGUUUCGUACACUUCAAUUACGUUCGCGCCCAGACCGGAAGACAACGGUCAUUUGUUAAAAUGUCGCGCCGAAAAUCCAAUGCUCACUAACGCAACGCUAGAAGACUUCAUCAUGUUGAACGUGUUAUAUCCGCCAAUUGUGUCGUUACAUUUUGGAAACUCGCUGAAUCCGAAGAAUAUCAAAGAAAACGACGAUGUGUAUUUCGAGUGUAAGGUUAGAUCAAAUCCAGGUCAGCAUAGGAUCACGUGGUUUCAUAACGGCAACGUAGUAACUCAGAAUGUGUCUUCCGGAAUUAUCUUGAGCACUCAAAGUUUAGUAUUACAAGGAGUCUCGUAUCUCAGCUCAGGCAAAUACGUUUGCCAGGCGGCCAACGAACGAGGCGAAACAUCCAGCGAACCUACACAUUUACGGGUGCAAUAUGUGCCGAAAUGUAAAAAACCAGAAUUAACUAUAAUAGGAGCAUCGUUGGGCGAAGUUCUAUAUGUGCUGUGUCAAGUGGACGCCGAUCCAAACAAAGUGAAAUUUUUGUGGCAGUUUAAUAACAGCGCAGGAGAAAGCACUAAAGUUUCGAAUUCAAUGUAUAAAACAAUUAAUAAGACUACCAGCGAGCUGACGUAUAAACCUUUGUCGGAUUUGGACUAUGGGACGUUGAUUUGUUGGGCUGAUAAUACGAUUGGAAGACAACUAGAGCCUUGUGUGUUUCAUCUGGUACCAGCUGCGAGACCAUCGCGACUAUUCAACUGCUCGUUCGACCUGAUGGAAAACCUGACCAUCACGUUGUUGAAAAUUGAAUGCAUUCCCGGCUACGACGGAGGCCUUCAGCAAAUCUUCCACUUGGAAGUUUACCAAUCCGAUUCAGCACUGAUGAACGUAUCGAACGACUUGCCCGUCUUCUACGUGGACAUGAACGCCUUAAACGUAGUGGACGCUGCUCUUCUACAAAUCGUCAUUUACGCUACGAAUUUCAAAGGCAAAGGCGAAUCGGUUAUUUUGAAAGGGGUCAAUUUCGAAAACGCCGAAAAAAGAACAGAAUGGAUGCGAAAAGAGAGCUCCAGUAACGGCGUUUCCACCAUGUUAGCGUGUACAAUUACGGUAAUUACGUUGGCUAUUCUUCUGAUGGCAUUCGCGUUGGUAAAAUUAUGACAAAGAUUUUACGUCGAAGCGUCUCGAUACGACGCUGGUACACAGAACGAAGUGAAACACGUUCAAUUACCUGUUAAAGCUGAUAAUCAGAAUUACACUAUUGCCUACAGCAUAGUGCCCAAUUUAAAACAACCCGAUAUUUUAAAUAGGGUUUCAGCUGAUCAAUAUCAAUCUCAUAAUAAUACGAUGAAAAACGCUCAAAGAGAUUUCAUCAUCGACUCCAGUGAGACUCAUGGUAGACUGACAGCUAAUAAAUUUGAAGUAUUACGCAGCAGCGGUAGCGGCAGCGGCAGCAACGUCGGUGGCAGCCACAGCGUCGCCAGCGUCGUCGGCAAUCAUACGGAUAUAGUAAACCGUUCGAACGAAUUACAUUUGCCAGAAUCGGCGACCACUUGUCAUAAAGUAGAAGCGGACGGUCUAAUAUUACCUAAUUCGUUUUCAAUACCAGGACCAGAAAGUUGUGUGUAAAAACGAUCCAUUCAGAGAUACCUACCUUGUGCCGCAGAAUUGCAAUUUUUAAACUCGCACAUAGGUACACGCACAUGGACUGGAUGAAACAAAUUUUUUUGUAUCGCGAAUUUCCCUCCCUCCUUUUACCUCCCCAUUUACCUACCUAAUCCCAAUCCUACAUUUUUAGCUCCUUUUUCAACCCUUUGUUUCGUGUACGUACGUUUUCUCAAUGGAUUAUUUAUACUUUUGUACGUUGUAUUGUGUAUUAAUUUAUUCGAUUUUUUUUUCUCUCUCUCGAUGUAUGAAAAUGUAUAUUUUUCUGAUUUUUCUUUCUUUCUCAUCAUCUUCCCGCGAUCCUGACGUAUAUGUAACUUAUACUCGAUGUUUGUGGAUGGAAAAUUUUCACAAUUCCUCGAAGAAAUAAGCACACUGAUGCGCUCUAUGGGCGUUUGAGUGUCUUAAUGUUCUUCGAAUCGACGAUGUUGUUAUAUUACUCGUAUUAUUGUUGUUUCUAUAUUUUGUUGUUUGUCUGUGUAUGUGUGUUUUGAAUGCGAUUUUGUAGAGAAUUCCCCCCCCCCUGUUUUUUUUUUCAACUUCGAUUUCAGUGGCGAUUUUUUUGCAGUCUUUCAGUGUGAGAACGGACUCGAUUUAGAGUCUAAAUCUUCUUUAGGUAAAUUUUUCCUCGUUUUAGCGUAAUUAUUUAUUUAUUGAUCCCCCUCUCUAUUUUUUUUGUUAUGUAUUACGAAUUGAGAAACGAGUAUAUAAAUUGUGUUUUUAAUGAAUUUUUUUCAAAUAAACAAUUUUUUACGUAAA